AUGGGGGCAUUACAAAGAAUGAUCAGAGAGAUGAUGGAGCCUGAAGCCAGAAGAGGAGAGAGGCCCACCUAUAGAAAGCCAUAUUCGGCUUAUAUCGAUCAGAUACCUCUAUCACCAGGCUUCAAGGUGCCAAACUUCACCUUGUUCAACGGAGAGGAUCCAUAUGCUUUAUCAGUUGAGCAUAUAGGCAGGAUUCAUCUAGAAGUCACCAUCAGUGAUCUUGCUGCCCUCAAGCAGAGUGAAGAUGAACCUGCCCAAGACUUCAUAACCAGGUUCAAGAAGCUCAAAAUGAAGUGCCGGAUCCUUAUGGAAGAAAGACACUUAAUCCAAAUGACUCAAAUUGCUCUUAAAAUCUCAUUGAGAAAAAGAUCUGAUGGAAUGCUGUUUGGAGACUUGGCAGAACUAGCUAACAAAGCAUCCAAAUACGAGGAGCUGCUCGGGGAAGAACAACAGAAGGGGAACUCCUCUAAAGGCACAUACUACAAGUCUCCUUCUUCUUCAAUACAUCUGAUUGAGGUAGAAUCCGAAGAAGGUACAGAAAGCUCGGAGGAGAGAGAGAUUGCAGUGGCAGAAAUGGCAAAACUAAAACAUCCCAUCAGUUGCAAGGCUCUUACAAAGCCACCUAAGGAUCAGAAGCCGCCACCAUUUACGGGAGGGUUUGUUCCAAACAAACCGACCCAGAACAAGGUCUAUUCCUUCGAUCUGACCACGGUGGAUGCCCUGUUUGAUGAGAUGCUGCUACAGAAGGCAAUAAAGACACCCCACAAGUUGCCCAAGCCAGAGGAACUCAAGGGCAAGCAGUAUUGCAAGUUGCACAAUUCUUGGAAUCAUUCCAUGAACAGUUGUGUCAUUUUCAGGGAUGUUAUACAGGAAUGA